AUGUGCGAAAGCUUGCACAGAAUUGUUCCAUUUGUCGCUAUUCCAUAUCGUGCAAAACCUUACGUCUUGCCUGCACUGCCUAUCCAAGUGUCCUCAGGUCCUCUUUCACCACAUCAGUCAGUCCUUUCAUCACCGAACUUCCGUUUUAGGCAAUGUGGCUUUUUCCAGCUUGAGCUCGACGGAUUCCUCAGAACUCGUUGGACGAGACGAUCUGCUAGUCUCCUCAGUAUGUGUCCAAAGAAGCGAAGACGAUUUUCGAUGACGGAGCAAGAUGUUGAUACCUUCCACGUGUUAACCGCCGGUACACCGCAUCGAUUUCCGCGUAGAGAUCGUUGCGGCAUACCGUUAGCCAAAAGUUGCCAAGCAGCCGCCUAA